CUCCCCAGGCGGGCCCAGGCGCUGUGCUGUGGUCUCGGCCUCGGCCGGUGGCCCUGGUCACGGACCACGCCGCCGCGGCCGCCAUCUUGCCCGCGUCCCAGCUCCGCGGCGGGAGGGGCAUUGCUUCCUGGCCGGAAGCGGCUGCGCGGCGGCCGCGCCGCCACCUCAGUGAAUGGACCAGACUGGACUCUCUGAGCACAUUAAUAAACAUGAGUGGUACCAAACCUGACAUUUUGUGGGCACCGCACCAGGUUGAUAGAUUUGUUGUAUGUGACUCAGAAUUGAGCCUUUAUCAUGUGGAAUCUACUGUGAAUUCAGAACUCAAAGCUGGAUCUUUGCGUUUAUCUGAAGACUCUGCAGCUACAUUAUUAUCAAUAAAUUCAGAUACACCUUAUAUGAAAUGCGUUGCAUGGUAUCUCAAUUAUGAUCCGGAAUGUCUCUUAGCAGUUGGACAAGCAAAUGGUCGAGUUGUACUUACAAGUCUUGGUCAAGAUCAUAAUUCAAAGUUCAAAGAUUUAAUAGGAAAAGAAUUUGUUCCAAAACAUGCACGGCAAUGCAAUACCCUUGCAUGGAAUCCACUGGACAGUAACUGGCUUGCUGCAGGUCUAGAUAAACACAGAGCUGACUUUUCAGUGCUAAUAUGGGAUAUUUGCAGCAAAUACACUCCUGAUAUUGUUCCCAUGGAGAAAGUGAGGCUUUCAGCAGGUGAGACUGAAACAUCAUUAUUAGUAACAAAACCUCUUUAUGAAUUAGGACAGAAUGAUGCUUGUCUUUCUCUCUGUUGGCUUCCACGAGACCAGAAACUUCUGCUUGCUGGUAUGCAUCGUAACCUAGCCAUAUUUGAUCUUCGGAAUACUAGCCAAAAGAUGUUUGUAAAUACAAAAGCUGUUCAGGGGGUGACAGUAGACCCAUACUUUCAUGAUCGUGUUGCUUCCUUCUAUGAAGGCCAGGUUGCAAUAUGGGAUCUUAGAAAAUUUGAGAAGCCAGUUUUGACUUUGACUGAGCAACCAAAGCCCUUAACCAAAGUAGCAUGGUGUCCAACUAGGACUGGUCUGCUUGCCACUUUAACAAGGGAUAGCAAUAUUAUUCGGUUAUAUGAUAUGCAGCAUACACCCACUCCCAUUGGGGAUGAAACUGAGCCUACAAUAAUUGAAAGAAGUGUGCAACCUUGUGACAAUUACAUUGCUUCCUUUGCAUGGCACCCAACGAGUCAAAAUCGAAUGAUAGUUGUAACUCCUAACCGAACAAUGUCUGACUUCACUGUUUUUGAAAGGAUAUCUCUUGCCUGGAGCCCAAUUACAUCAUUAAUGUGGGCUUGUGGUCGUCAUUUGUAUGAAUGUGCAGAAGAAGAAAAUGACAAUUCUUUAGAAAAAGAUAUAGCAACAAAAAUGCGCCUCCGGGCUUUAUCAAGGUAUGGACUUGAUACAGAGCAGGUGUGGAGAAACUACAUUUUGGCUGGAAAUGAAGAUCCACAGCUCAAGUCACUCUGGUAUACUCUGCACUUUAUGAAACAGUAUACAGAAGACAUGGAUCAAAAAUCUCCAGGAAACAAAGGAUCAUUGGUUUACGCAGGAAUUAAAUCAAUAGUAAAGUCAUCUUUGGGAAUGGUGGAAAGCAGCAGACAUAAUUGGAGUGGGUUGGAUAAGCAAGCUGAUAUUCAGAAUUUAAAUGAAGAGAGAAUCUUAGCUUUGCAGCUUUGUGGGUGGAUAAAGAAAGGAACGGAUGUAGAUGUGGGGCCAUUUUUGAACUCUCUUGUACAAGAAGGGGAAUGGGAGAGAGCCGCUGCUGUGGCAUUGUUCAACUUGGAUAUCCGACGAGCAAUCCAAAUCCUGAAUGAAGGGGCAUCUUCAGAAAAAGGAGAUCUGAAUCUCAAUGUGGUAGCAAUGGCUUUAUCAGGUUAUACGGAUGAGAAGAACUCCCUUUGGAGAGAAAUGUGCAGUACUCUACGAUUACAACUAAACAACCCAUAUCUAUGUGUCAUGUUUGCAUUUCUGACAAGUGAAACAGGAUCUUAUGAUGGAGUUUUGUAUGAAAACAGAGUUGCAGUACGGGACAGAGUGGCAUUUGCUUGUAAAUUCCUCAGUGAUGCUCAGUUAAAUAGAUACAUUGAAAAGUUGACCAAUGAAAUGAAAGAGGCUGGAAAUUUGGAAGGCAUUUUGCUUACAGGCCUUACUAAAGAUGGAGUGGACUUAAUGGAGAGUUAUGUGGACAGAACUGGGGAUGUUCAGACAGCAAGUUACUGCAUGUUGCAGGGUUCACCUCUAGAUGUUCUUAAAGAUGAAAGGGUUCAAUACUGGAUUGAGAAUUACAGAAAUUUAUUAGAUGCCUGGAGGUUUUGGCACAAACGAGCUGAAUUUGAUAUUCACAGGAGUAAAUUGGACCCUAGUUCUAAGCCUUUAGCACAAGUGUUUGUGAGUUGUAAUUUCUGUGGCAAGUCCAUCUCCUACAGCUGUUCAUCUGUUCCUCAUCAGGGCAGAGGUUUUAGUCAGUAUGGUGUGAGUGGUUCGCCAACAAAAUCUAAAGUCACAAGCUGCCCAGGAUGCCGAAAACCUCUUCCUCGAUGUGCACUUUGCCUCAUUAAUAUGGGAACACCUGUUUCUAGCUGUCCUGGUGGAUCUAAAUCAGACGAAAAAGUGGAUUUGAGCAAGGACAAGAAAUUAGCUCAAUUUAACAACUGGUUUACAUGGUGUCACAACUGUCGGCAUGGUGGGCAUGCUGGGCAUAUGCUUAGUUGGUUUAGGGAUCAUGCAGAGUGCCCUGUGUCUGCAUGUACAUGUAAAUGUAUGCAGUUGGAUACAACAGGGAAUCUGGUACCUGCAGAGACUGUCCAGCCAUAAAAUGUUUCACCUAAAGAGAAACCUUCAAGUGGGAAAUUUUCUAAUGGAAGUCCUUCAUAGCUCAGAAAUAUACCUCAGAACAAGUCACUUAUGACUUCCCAAUAUUGGGAAAAUAAAUCAUUCUAUCAGAUCAGCAAUUUGAUGUUUGAGUGCUUUUGAUGUGCUUCAGAGACAAAUGCUACUAGAAUGAAUAUCAGAGUAUGUGAGCAUGUGUUCUAUAUGAGCAUGUGUUCUAUUCAGUAGGUAAAAAGUUCAUUUUAGAACUUUUUUGGGUUUUAUCAAAAUUACAAAUGCUGUAUAAGAGCCCUGGUGAUAAAAAGAACAGACCUUAUGCCUGUAUCUCUGAAACUGAAAUUAGAUAUCUUUCAAUAAAAUCUUUACACUUUUAAAAUAAA